GUCAAGGUAGUGUUCAUGAUAAGCGCACUGGUUGCGUGCCUCUCCUUAUUUUUUUUGUCUGUUAUAGGACUGUUUAAGAUAAAAAGCCAAACAUGAUGUUGAAACAAAUCCUUUUGAUUUUCUACGUUCAGAAUUACAUAAAUAUUGUGAAUUCCGAAAUGCUGUGCAACUCAAAACUAGCGUUGCAAUGGCCCAGAACCGUGUGUCAACCAAAACGUUGCCCUGGGCAAAAUACGCGAAAGUCGAAAUGUAGAGAUGACGUUAAAGAAUCAUUAAACCAAAACGAUGGAAAAUUCAAUAGAUUCACAAUUCAUGGCCUCUGGGAGGACGGGGAUGAUUGCAAUAACAGCAGUCCUGAAUUUGAUAUAGACAAGGUACAAGACUACAAUGAAAGCCUUUGGCAAAAUAUGCCAAACCUGCUUGGCAACAAUACUGAUUUCUGGGAGCACGAAUGGAACAAACACGGGAACAAAACAGGACUAGAAAUUGGUGAAUACUUUAACACGACCCUACAACUCUAUGAUAAAUAUGGUUACAUGGCAACAAGAUCUCUUCUUGACGAUUGUUUUGCCCAAAAUACUGAAGUGAAUAUUGAGAGUUUAUCGCAAUGCAUUAUACCAAACCAGACAAUAGAAAUUGCAGUAUACAGGGCAAAGUUACCCGAUGACAACAGAGCUAGGGAUUAUUUUAUGGAGAUACGGAUUUGUUUUAACAGAACUUUUCAUUCUAUCGAUUGUGCCCCACCUAAAAAUUCAAAUAUAAGUAUUAGAUUACCACCCGUUGGCACAAUUACUAAAAGAUCCGCAGCAGAUGUUUCUUUUGUGGAGACUGACAUCACUGAUGAAUUCGAUGAGUGUCCAUUACAACCUGACAGCUCUCAAGGAGCAAUUGCUUUUCUCGCAAGAAAACUAAUGUUACUUCCCUUACUUCAUCUAGGAGCUUGUAUCUACAAUUGACAAAAAUGAUAGAUAUACUGUUGAAUACAAUCUACAAUUUUUUUUAUAUCAAUAUGCUUUCAGUAAAGUUUCAAUCAUUAUAUUUGAGGAAAUAGCUAAUUGCAGCCCGGAGGACCGGGCUGCUCUAUACAGAUAAGUUUAAGUGUUGGUGUAUAGUGAUUGAGGUGGGACAAGUUAUUCAGAAUUAAAGGUUUUCUAAACAUUAAAUAGAUUGUUAAUUAGAAGGUUCUUACGUUUUAAAAAUUACG